CUACCAGAUUACUCACCCCCUUGCGAUUCGUGUGAAACUCAUCUCAUUAGAAUUUAGAGAGAGAGAGAGAGAGAGAGAGAGGUAUCAAAGCGAAACGAAGAAGCCCUAACCAACGCAACAACACCAACUCACUCAUGGCACUCUCUUCUCGUCUAUUCUCCAAAUCCAAAUUGAUCUAUGGCAGUCAAAUACUUCUGCAGAAGGAGUAUGCUAUUCCAGUUCGUCACUUUGCUAAAGAGUCUGCUCCUGCCCUUAAGGGAGAUCAGAUGCUCAAGAACAUUUUUGUGGAGGUGAAGAGCAAAUUUGAGACUGCCAUAGGAAUAUUAAAGAAGGAGAAGAUCACCAUCGAUCCAGAAGAUCCCGCUGCUGUUUCUCAUUAUGCAAAUGUCAUGAAAACAGUUAGAGAGAAGGCUAACUUCUUGUCUGAGUCCCAAGAUAUCCUAUCCACCAUUGAAAUGGAGACACAGGAUAUUCCAGAUGCCCGAACCUAUCUUUUGACUUUGAAGGAAAUAAGAACCAAGAGAGGUCUUACAGAUGAUCUUGGUGCAGAGACUAUGAUGAUAGAUGCAUUGGACAAAGUUGAAAAGGAGUUAAAAAAACCUUUACUGAGAAAUGAUAAGAAAGGAAUGGACCUUCUCUUGGCAGAGUUUGAUAAGAUUAAUAAGAAACUUGGAAUUCGAAAGGAAGAUCUAUCAAAGUAUGAAGAGGAGCUAGAACAUAAAUUGGCCAAAGCACAACUAGAGGAACUGAAGAAGGAUGUUCUCGAGGCAAUGGAAACUCAAAAGAAGAGGGAGGAAUUCAAGGAUGAGCCUGAAUCAGUCGAUGUCAAAACUUUGGACAUUAGAAACUUCCUUUAGAACGUCUUCAAGAUGUUUGCAUAAGUUACAAAUUAUUGCAUUUGGAUAAUGAUGAAGCUGUGUUUCUUCAAUAAGUAGACACCAAUGAUUAUGAAGUGUAACAUUGAUACCAGUUUGAAGAUUCUUGAGCCUUUUCAAGGUCUUUGUAUUUCAAAUUCCAUGUUAAACUGGAAGUUGAGGCGAUCAAAUUUUCUCAAUUUUUCUUCUGUCAUGUUUCCCAAGUAUUUAUUCAUAUUGAUAUUAAUGUCUGUU